GUCCUCAAGAUAUGCCCAUUUUUUGUGACUGGAAUGGCUACAAGGCAAUUUGGCAUGUAACUUGGGUCUGUAUAGGAGUCCCCCACUGUCUUCGGGAUUCUUGUAUCAAUUCCUCCAGCCCUCGUCACUCAGUGGUCUGUCCUUCUCCCCAUGCUGGUAUCUGGUGACGUUACAUGCGUCAUAUCCAUAUCCUGCCCGUUCCAGUGUUCCACCUCUCACCCACUUUGUGGGUGGGACGUUCUUGGACAAUUUCGCAGUCUUCAAAGACUAAAGGUGCGAUUCCCCACCGCCCGUGGCUUGUCUGCCUUCCAACUUUUCAUUUCUGCGUUUAUGCUCACGAGCAAAGUCAUUUGUGACGACACAGUGGGAGCUGAAUGUGGAUCCCUCGAUGCUAAGUGAGUUCGAGAGUAUGA